GCGACGCGGCUGCAGCGGCUGACGGCGGCGACGCGCGCAUCGCUCGAGCAGCAUGUGCGCGCGGAGGAGCAGGAGCUGUGGCCGCUCUUUGCGGAGUACUUCACCGAGGCUGAGCAGGAUCACCUCGUCGGCGUGAUCAUCGGCCGCACCGGCGCCGAAGUCCUGCAGGCCAUGCUGCCCUGGGUCACCGAGUCGUUCACUGAGGGCGAGCAGCGAGCGAUGAUGGACUCGCUGCGCUCGGCGACGCGCAACACCGGCUUUGAGCGCUGGCUCGACGCAGCGCUGCGCCCGCGCGACGGCUCCGACACCGCCGGCGAAUCGCCCAAGGCCCCCACCACCGACGCCGACUCCCCCAAAGCCGCCGACGGCGCCGCCAGCAACCAGCACGGCGGGUCCAAGGCCCAGAAGGAGCCGGGCGGUGACGCCGGCGUAUUCAAGCCCGGCUGGGAGGACAUCUUCCGCAUGAACCAGAAGACGCUCGAGGAGGCGGUACGGCGCAUUGGCAGCGACGAGGGACUGGACGCGCAGCGCAAGGCGUACCUGAUGCAGAACAUCAUGGCCUCGCGCUACAUUGUCGCUCAGCAGCGCCGCAUGCAGUCUACCCCGGUCGGCCACGCCGCCGCCGGCGGCCGCCGCUGCUACCACGACGCCCGCCAACACAUCCUCGGCUGCCCCCACUACAAGCGCGGGUGUCAGGUGGUGGCGCCGUGCUGCGGCAACGUGUACCCCUGCAAGAAGUGCCACGACGCAGAGGAGGACCAUGUGCUGGAGUCCCAGAAGGUGGAGAUGAUGGUCUGCAUGGCCUGCAAUCUCCAGCAGACCCCUGCAGGUGUGCGGCUCCUCCCAUGGUCGUGCAGUGGCUGUGGGGCAGCAAUGGCGCGGUACUACUGUGACAUCUGCCAUCUGUGGGACGACCAGCCGGGGCGCUCGAUAUACCACUGCCCCUUCUGCAACCUGUGCCGCGUGGGGGAGGGCUUGGGGGUGGAUGCAUGCCAUUGCAUGGACUGCAACACCUGCAUGCACCUCUCCGAGUUUGCCACCCACAAAUGCCGCGGCCUCUCCUCCUGCCCCGUAUGCACCGAGCCCCUCUUCGAGUCCUCCCAGCCCUACCGGGAGCUGCCGUGCGGGCACUUCAUGCACUCGCACUGUUUCGCGCAGUACACGCGCUACAACUACACCUGCCCCAUCUGCGCCAAGAGCAUGGGCGACAUGAGCGUCUACUUUGGCAUGCUCGACUCCAUCCUGGCCAAGGACGUCUGCGACCUGCCCCCAGCCUACGCCAGCCGCCGCCAGGUGAUCCUGUGCAACGACUGCGGCCGGCAGGGUGAGGCGCCCUUCCAUUUUGUGUACCACAAGUGCUCCAGCUGCAAUUCGUACAACACAAGGGUGCUCCAAUAG